AUGACGACUACAACCACGUCCAAAGGACGCGCUACCUCCUCCUGCUCUCGGUCAAAGCGCGUUUCGUCCGCGAAAGCACAUCGCAAGAUCGAUAGAAGUUCUGCAGUGCAGAAUCUUCUACGUAGAACGCAUGCGGAUUAUGAAGGUUACGAGCGACAGGAAGGGAAGUUGGGCACCUCCCACAACGAAGGGGAGGCUGAAAGGAAGAACAAAGAAACAGCCGAACGCAGAUUGGAGCUCGAAAGUCACUCUUGGGUAUCCAAGGAAGAUUUCGGUCCGCACUCGGUGAGGUGCCUCGGGUGUAACAAAAAUAUCCAACUCGACAACCGCCAUGAGUUCUAUACCACAGCCUGGCACAAGCACGUUUUCCGUUGCGCUGUGAUUAAAGCGGAUUAUUUCUCACAUGGAAAGGAUCUUCCAUUCGAGAGUCUUGUCGCUGGGAUUGGAAGAGAGGCUGCCGAAAUAUGCAGGGAUGCUCGCGAGAGUGACCGUGCAAAGGGGGUCAUCCUCCAGCUCACCUCUGACCCGGCAUGGGUCAAGCCAUCUAGGAUCCCGAAGUUUAAGAAGAUUCGUGCCGUUUCGACCGGUAGCAUCAGUAGUGCGUCCAGCUCCCGCACUACGAGUAGCUCGUACCCUAGCUCUUCCGCUUCGGUCACUCCCCCCGCCAUUACACCCAAGCUGUUGCUCAAGUCAAAACGGCCGAGGAGCUCUACUAGCAAUUCUAGCACCAGUAGCACCUCUCGCAGUUCCUCCAAUUCAUUGCCUCCGUACUCCCCACAUAGUGCAGUCCAGAGUGAAGGCAUACAAGUCGACACCGUCCCCUAUCACGAGACGCUAGCGUAUCAAAUCGAGCUCGCCCUCCCCCGUAUCGCUGCUUCCCAAGGAUACUUCUACUGCUGCGGCUCUCUCCAGCAGAACCGAAGUGAUCAUGAACUUGCACACCGAUUAGGAUAUAUCUAA